CGCAAAUCGCUAUGAUAAUGUAUGGCUUUAUUGAUGGUUGGCGAUAAACUAUAUUAUACCCUCUAUGCUUCUUGUACUAAAUUUUAACAUUGUCCUGAACCAUGCCCUAAAUAAUAUAGUUAUUACUACCUAAUUAAAAAUUGAUCCGCCACUGUUCAAACACAUUCAUCUUAUUCAUUUCAUCUUUAAACAUAAAAAAACGAAUGACAUCGUUAUCAUACCAUUUCUUCGCCUUAUUUAUAACUAAACAAAAACCAGAUACAUUAUAACGGAAGUUUGUUAGAUACAGAUCCAUCUGGAUACUCCAAAAUGAAGUUUGUUUUUAUAAUUUUCUUAGUUUUCGCCUUUUUAGUUUGUUGGACACAAAGUUAUCAACACAAACUGUUGGUAGACAGAAUUCGAUUUAAUUUUUUAAACAUAGAAAAUAAUUUGUGGGACUUCGUUCUCGAACAACACAAGGAUAGCGACAUCGAUCCUGGUUUGGAGAUAAUCAAGAGAUUUAAGGAUUUUGAUAGUCAGGUCCAGUUGUUACCUCAAGAUAUCUUAUAUGGUAUUAAAGCACCCCGACAAGCUGAACAAUUCGUUUUACUUUACUCGGACAUAAGAAUCAUCCACGAUUUGUACGACAAAUUUAUAAGAUAUCAAUUGGAAGCUUUAACGCUUGCCAAAAGCGACUACUCUGAAUAUAGACGAGAACUCAAAACUGAAGAUAUCGUAGACGAUAUUUUAGACGACGCUAAAAAUAACGUCAAUAAGACUAUAUCGCGUGUUUUUGAAGAAUUUUCGGGAUUUGGUGGGAUAUUUUCCACUAAAGAUUAUAUUUGCGAAAUUCCUACCCAACCACCACAACAAGUGUUCUACAAUCUAUAUAAUUUGCUAGCUCUUAUAGAUCUUAAAGGCUACAUAUUGUCACAAUUUGCUUAUAUGGCCAUGAGACUACAAGAAAUAGGUAAUUACACAGAAAUGUCCUUAAAGGCCAGAGAGGAAUAUAAAACAAGAACCAAAUAUCUCAUGAACUCAAUGGCUGGUAUUAUGAAAAUUUCAAAUGGCAAUAUUUACAGAUGUGAUCCAAAAUCACAUAUAGAAGGUGAGACAUACACUCAAUUGACGCAACUGCUUCAGGCUCACGUUCAGAACGAAGUAGAUUUAAAUCCUACCGGGACAUGUACCGAGAACUGCGCCAUGUACACAUCUACCAAAAAUUACGGUUGCUAUGACAGUUCGUCCGAGUAUUGCAGAAAAAUGAAACCCUGUAAUGGCGAUCUGUACAACUGCAGAUUCGUAGAAUCGCAUUUAAAAACGUGCAUAGCACCUCAAGGCAGCACAAGAAGGUACGACUUCAUCGAGUACGAUAGCGGAAAGGUUUACGGCGAAAAAACUAGAUGUCUGAAACGUGGCGUGGAAAGUUGGUUCAGAUGGUUCGUCCAUUGCUCGUACUGUCUUUGUCUUUGCGAUCAGCAGGGUUCUCAGUCUGACAGAUACUUCAAUUUGAGAUCGGUUUCCGCUGAUACAAAGAACAACAGAGUCGUGACCGGCAUGAAACUCGUUAAACAUAACCGAAUUAUUUAUAUUCAAAUACAGGAGGGUAAAUUAUUACCUCAUGGUUAUAUAGAACAAAAUUCGACUAGAUGGGUACCGCCUGCUGGAUACAGAAUAACAGAUUAUGGCGUCAAAAACGGAAAAGAUUACCAUACUAUGAACUACUACAGUAGAUCGUUGCUUUUAGAUAAUUUAGAAGUAGAAAGAGAAAAUUAUAUAAUUACUGGUGCAAGAUUUUUUGUUUACAAUGGGGAUUUGCAAUUUCGAAUAACCAUAACGCCAUUUAAUUUCAGUACAGGCCAUCUGUACACCGAUGAAUCAUACGAAGUUAGUAAAAGAACUAACAGGAAACGAAUCGAAUUAUGGAAUCCAGAUAUUCCAAUUUAUUCUCCCCGCUCCGAACCUAAUUUCGACGAUGGUAGAUACGUCGAAUUUACUCAUUCAGAUCUAGAAAAAGAUGCUGGACAAACUACGGUUCCUUUCAUUGAUAUUCAACCAGUUUACGCUGAUCCCCCUGUGCCUUUGAGAUCAGCUGGAAUUUACUACAAGGGAAAAUCAGGUUAUGGGGGCUUCGUAGGAAUGAAAGUGGGGGUUUACGAUUACACAAAUAGCUUGAUUUUUGAUUUUCCAAAUGCCAAAGCUAGAGAGGACAGCGGGGAAGUCUUUGGUGUUUUGCCUAAUUAAAUUGUUUUUUAAAUUAGUAAUUAAACUGUAAUUUUACGUAGUAAAGGUUAUGUAUCAGAUAUAACAAAAAAUGUGAUUUUAUUUUAAAUUAAAAUAAGAUAAAAAUGAAGA